CAGAGGACCGUUUCCUGCUAUUUUCAUCCAUCAAACACACAAGGAGCUGCAGAACACUGACAAAUAUUUGAGAACUCCAAAACAAGACAGUGCACGAGACACUCACCUGAAGACAGUCCAGUCAUGUUGAUGCUCACGGACAAACUCGUCAUCUGGCUUGCGACGGGCCUGCUGGCCAUCUGUACCAUCUUCUUCAACAUGUACCUGCUGCUGGUGAUCCAGAGGAGCUACCGAAAGACGCACAAGCUGAACCCGUGCGACUUCAUCAUCUCGGCCAUCGCCGUGGCCAGUAUCACCCUGCAGAUUCUCACCUAUUUAUGGCAGACCAUAGAUGAGAUUGACAUUUUGUGCCUAACCAACUACGUAGACGCGAUCCUAGUGGUGCUCAUCUUCAGUGUGAAACUGAUCGUAUUCUGGAGCACGGCGUUCCUCAUCUUCUACUACGGCAUCAAACUGGUGGUGGAGCCCGUGCACUGCUACACGCGCAUCCAGGAGGCCAUCCUGAAACACGUGCACAUCGUCGUGGCCUUGAUCUACAUAUGCGGUUUUGCCAACUGUGUCCCGUUGCUGAUCAUUUUGGGCCAUAAAAAUUUCACCUCCGACAUAGCCGACUGCGGGACCAUCAUGCCAACCACUACCAUUGGAUACACCUACAUCUUCUACUACAUUCUCAUCUCUGACAUCAUGCCCUGCAUCAUGAUGGUGAAAAGCAGCAUUUCUAUUAUGUACCACCUGGCAAAACAUCUUCAGAACAUGAAAGCCAGCACCAACGGCGCCCACGGGCCCAAGCUGGGCACUCAGAUGCGGGUGAUCAAGAUGACCCUGAGCCUGGUGGUCAUGUUCGUUAUUUUCGUGGUCGGGGACAUGUUGACGCAGGCGACCGUGGUGCUGUUGAGGCUGAACACCCUGUAUUUGAUCGUUCUGAUCGCCAGCAUCUACACCACGGUCAGCGCCGCCGCGAUGGUUUACGGGAAGAAAAGCCACUGGAAGGAACUCGUAGCCUCCUAUAACCUCUUUUUAGACGAGUACCCUUGCUUAAGCAGUUUGAAGGUCGCGGAGGUCAAAACCGAACCGCACGACAACGAGAACGACUGACCCGGAGUGUGGCGCGAACAUUUCUUCACAUGCUUCAAGACAGGUUGUGUAGAUGGCGUUAUAGCAGAACAUAUGUGUAGACACAGCAAGGUUGUAUUUAGUAGUGAAAUUGACUCAUCUCACAACAAUAUUACACUCGUUUCUACUGGCGUCCCACCAAAUGUUUCAACAAAUCAAAGCAGCUUGAGAUAUUUCUCAAGCUGCUUUGUGAUUCUGUUUCUUACCCACAAUUGAUCAAUCAAUAACAUUAUGGGGCAGUUUCCUGGACAGGGUUUAAGCCCAGUCCCAGACUAACUUACAUGUUAGAAAGGUCUUGAUCGAAAAUAACUUACACUGACAUAUCUUAAAAUAUAUUAGUGCGAUUGUUUUGUCUCAAGAUGCACAUCAGUAAUGUUUUUUGGGGGGUAAAGUUUGUUUUUAAAGAUCUCCUAAUUUAACUAAGACCUAGUCCUGGUUUAAGAUAAUCCCUGUCCAGGAAAUCGCCCCUAGAUGUUUCAUUUUAAGACUGUUUUUAAACUAGUUUUCAAAGGUUUUUAUCAACUCAAAGUAUAGAAGAUCAACUUUAUACCUUAUUCGUUCAAUUCAAUUUUAUUUAUAUAGCGCUUUUCACAAUGUGCAUUGUUCCAAAGCAGCUUUACAAGAGAAAAUAAGAAAAACUGAAAAACACAAAAACCCUCGAAUAGUAUCGGGGAGGCUAUUCCAGAGUUUGGGUGCAACGUAUGAGAAAGCUCUACCCCCUUUGGUGGAUUUAGUUAUUCUAGGUGUUAUCAAAAGUCUGGAGUUUUGAGAUCUUAGAGAGCGUGAUGGGUUGUAGUGUGGUAGAAGCUCUGUUAUGUAGGUAGGGGCUAAACCGUUUAAGGCUUUAUAAGUAAUUAAAAGAACUUUAAAGUCAAUACGAUACUUAAUGGGUAACCAGUGAAGGGUUGAUAACAUUGGGGUUAUGUGAUCGUAUUUUCUGGACCUGGUUAGAACUCUGGCAGCUGCAUUCUGAACUAACUGUAGUUUGUUUAUAGAUGAUGUGAACCACUAAGUAGUGCAUUACAGUAGUCAAGUCUUGAUGUCACAAAUGCAUGAAUAAGCUUCUGUGCACCAGCAACACAUAGAAUAUUUCGUAAGUUGGCAACAUUCUAAGGUGGAAGGCUGUUUUGUGACAUUUUAGAUGUGAUUUCUAAAUGACAAUUAUUCAUGAUAUACUUACUGCAUCUUUAAAAAAGUGCAAAACUGAUUCUUGCCUUUUGUGAAAAAAAAGUCUUCACGUGCUUAAAAGUGCAAAUAAAUCCUUUAU